GAUAAGUAGCUUCUUUAUUUCUGUGUCCGGGGCUGUUGCAGUUGAGCUUGCUGCAGCCUUGGACUUCACUGCUCUGUUGUCUUUGCUGUGCUUUCUGUUGUGUUAUGUUGCAGUUGGAUGAAAUCCACUCUUUUCUGACAGAAUUGCUUAAACUUGCUGGAAAACAUAGUAAUAUUGCAGUCAAAGGAAUGCAUUGUGAAAGGCUAUGGGUGGUCCAGAAAUAUAGCUAAACAGAGCAAGUAGAGAUUCUAAGAGCAGUUCUGAGGGGAUUAGGAAGAGGAAACUGAGCAAUAACAAGGCAGAAGCAAAAAAGCUCACAAGUGGGUGCUCACCCAGCCAUGGCUUUGCACUUACACUCUUUUCCGUAAAGCCUAGCUCUUUCUUCACAGGGCUGGGUUACUUGUGCUCCUAUAUUGCUAAGAAGAGUUAAGAGGCAGAGCUAGGCUGGGGGGAGGAUGAGCCCCCAUCCCUUGUAGAACAUUCUUCUGAUGAAUUUACAGAUGGCUGCUCUCUGUCAGAGAGCCUCUGCCCACAGCCAGGUAGGCUUCCCCAGGUGUGUGGCUUCCCACUGCAUUUGCUUGUUCUCAGCCUCUGUGUAAAGCUACAGUAGAGGCCUUAAUGCAGAGGUCAGUGCAGAUUUCUGACGCUGAAGGAAAAGGUGAAAUUCUUCCCCCAACCAUACAAAAUAUAAUAAAAGGAUACAACAAAUAUCUACGUCCAUUUUUUGACAAUGGUCCUGUGUCUGUUGGAAUGAGUCUGGAUAUUGCAAGCAUUGAUACCAUAUCAGAAAUAAAUAUGGAUUACACAGCAACCAUAUUUCUGAGGCAGCGGUGGACUGAUGAGAGGCUUUGCUUUGAUGGCAACAAGAGUUUAAGUUUAGAUGGUCGGCUUGUGGAAAUGCUCUGGGUCCCAGAUACUUUCAUAGUUGAUUCAAAAAAGUCUUUUCUUCAUGAUAUCACUGUUGAGAAUCGUCUGAUAAGAAUAUACCCUAACGGAACAGUCUUGUAUGCUAUACGGAUUACCACAACUGUUGCAUGCAGCAUGGACCUGACCAAAUACCCAAUGGAUAAGCAGACGUGUACCUUGCAACUGGAAAGCUGGGGGUACAAUAUCAACGAUGUCAUGUUUUACUGGACGAGAGGAAAUGAUUCUGUUCGUGGACUGGACACGCUCCAGCUGGCACAAUAUACAGUGGAAGACCACUUUACUUCGGUAUCUGAAGCAGUAUAUGAAACAGGACGCUACCCCAAGUUAGUGUUUCACUUUGAGCUCAAGAGAAACAUCUUGUAUUUCAUACUAGAGACAUACGUACCAUCAAUUCUCCUGGUUGUGCUCUCCUGGGUAUCAUUUUGGAUAAGCCAGUCAUCCGUUCCAGCCAGAAUCUGCAUAGGUGUUACCACAGUCCUCACUAUGACAACGCUGAUGAUGGGAGCCAGGACUUCACUCCCAAAUGCUAACUGCUUUAUUAAAGCAAUUGAUGUGUACCUUGGCAUCUGUUUCAGUUUCAUCUUUGGAGCAUUGUUGGAGUAUGCUGUGGCUCAUUUCUGCACCCUGCAUCGACCCAGUUCAAAGGAAAUUCCGAAGGAUGAAGAUGAAGGGACUGAAGAAGAAAGGAAUGGAGUUCUGGCAGCAGUUGCUAACAGUUGCAGUGCUUCUGACAACACGAAAAAAAUUGAUUCAGACAAGGGCAGCAAAACCAGCAUCAAUGGCAAAAAGGAGAGAAAUAAGCACAGUGGGUGUAGCUCGCCAAUGUCCAUAAUGAAAAGUCUUUUCUGUAUCUUUGAUUGUUUCCAUGUUAAAAAUCCUUACCACAUAGACAACUACGCCAGAUUUUCUUUCCCGUUAUCAUUCAUCAUAAUUAAUGUAUUUUAUUGGGUAUAUUAUUUGUAUUUCUAAAUCUUUUUGAGGUGUAAAACUGUCAUGGCUCAGCAUCUAGAAAGGAGAUAUGGUUGGUGAGGUUACAGAAGAAGGAGAAAGCUGCCUUAGGAAAAAGGGGUGUUGGUGGACAUGCUCUUUUCAAGCUUUUAUGCCAAGUCUUGUUAACUAUCUUUUUUGCUGUUAAAUGACUGUCAUCUGAAAUUGACUCUCCUUUUAGCAUGCCUAUCCCAUAUUAUACUAUUUGUCAAUGGCCACAAAGUCCUUUUUUAAUAUUUUAAUGGCCAACUUUGUAAAAUAAAAAUUAUACAACAUUUGUUUCUGAACUGUAUUGAAUAUAUUUAAAAAUAAAGAU